CAUCUACUCAGGGGCGGACUGACCAUUUGGAAACUUGGGCACUGCCCGAGGGCCCCGGGUCAGUAGGGGGCCCCAUGAGAUGCCCCUGGUACCUUUUUCAUAGACUUUUUUGCGUUUGGGCAAGGUCACAGGGGCCCCAUGAUCCCCUAUUGCCCGGGGGCCCCAUGAGUUGUCAGUCCACCCCUGCAUCUACUACAUAUUUUGACAAGAUCUGGGCUUUUUUUAUUUUACUCAAAGCAUGUAGGCAGGAGGGUGUGCCU